AUGAAAUCUCACGGACAUUCGUUCUUCAUUGGGCGAGUUUUCCGAUCAAAUGGUGCCGUCGACAGCCAAGGAAUUCAGAACAUCAAGAACGCUCAUUCAGCUGGACUCGCUCACGUUGACGGAUAUAUCUUCCCUUGUCUAUCCUCUUCCUGCCCCAGUGCUUCCAAACAGGUCUCUGAAACUGUGACAGCCUUGAAGAACGCUGGCACUACAGUUGGAAUGCUCUGGCUUGACAUCGAGACAUACGCAUGGCCAAGCGAUCACACGAAGAACCGCGCUUUCAUCGAGGAAAUGGGAAAAGAAUUGACAAGCCUUGGACAGAGCUGGGGAGUUUACAGCAACUACAACAAUUGGCAAUCAAUUGUUGGUCUUGACUACACCGGCAUGAAGAGCAAACAGCUGUGGUGGGCUACCUACAACAAUGAAGCGAACUUCAACAACUUCAAGGCAUUCGGUGGAUGGACUAAGCCGAACAUUCAUCAAUACAACGGUGACGUCACUGGACCAUGCUCAUUCUCCAUCGAUACCAACUGGUAUCCUUGA